AUGAAACCUCUAAUCUAUCCCAUCUCAAACCCUAAUGGAGCCUUUAAAUACAAGAGGAUUAGGUUUAGGGUCAAAGGAAAGUCAAGGGGGAAGCAACAUUUUUCGGGUUUGACUUUGACUUCUCAGCUCGAUCGAGUUGAAGCUUGGCCGGUCGAGUUGAGGAACUCGACCGGUUGGUCGAGUAGACGGUCGAGCUGGUCUUCAAGAUGGCUUCUCCCUUCUUCCUUUGCGUAUCCAGUUGAGCUGCUUCCAUGUGCCAAGUCCCUCCAUGCUCCAUAUGCUCCAGAAUGCUCCAAAAGACCUAUUUCAAAGGACCAAACAUGCAUAUACUUUCACAAGCAAGAAGUGAUCCUUCACAAGGUGAAUAGUUUGGUGUCAUAUCGCUUGCAGCCUAGAGGUUCAGACUUUUGUGCAACAAUUGACAGUACCACACCCAGUUCUAAGAGUCAUGGAGCUACAAAGGUUGUGAAGGAAAGAGUUGACAAAGAACCAAGAGUUGGGAAGGAUAAGGAUGAGAGAGGACCAAGGAUUGAGAAGCCACGUCUUGAGAGGGCUAGAGUUGAGAAACCACGUUCUGAGAGACCACGAGCUGAUAGACUUGUUCAAGCCCCUUGUGUGCUUGAUGAAGAAAGCCUUCAAGCUUUGUUUGAUGAGCCACUAGGAAGGGCUCUAAAAGAAGGGGAGGAUGUAGCCUCUAAGGCAAGACCAGGGGAUAAAAGAAAAGAUCCACCAGCUCAGGCCCCUUCAUUCAAGCCAUCUCAGCUCACAAUGACUUUGUUCCCCACCAAGUUUGAAAAUGGGAAGAUUGAGUACAAGAUAAGGUACAAGGGGAGAUCAAGGCCAUUCUCUAGAGCCAAAGCCUUGGUGACUUCAGAACAAUCCAGGGACCCAACCAAGCUAAAGGAGCUUCUGUCUCAAGUCCUCACUAUCACCCUUGAUGGUCUUUUGGAGCAUAUGGGACAUGAGGAGCUUGGAGGGACUUGGCACAUGGACGCAGCUCAACUGGAUACGCAAAGGAAGAAGGGAGAAGCCAUCUUGAAGACCAGCUCGACCGUCUACUCGACCAACCGGUCGAGUUCCUCAACUCGACCGGCCAAGCUUCAACUCGAUCGAGCUGAGAAGUCAACAGUCAAACCCGAAAAAUGUUGCUUCCCCCUUGACUUUCCUUUGACCCUAAACCUAAUCCUUUUUAUUUAA